CAGGCUGCUACCUUCGCCAGGCUGCGCGCAACCUUCUCCAAGGAGAAGGGCGAGAAGGGUGACCCCUUCUGCGUGGACUGCAGCGCCGUGGGUCUGGAGGCCUCGCACGGGUUCGCCCUCGCCGACGCCCUCGAGCAGGGCAUGGGGCCCGGGCUGGCCGCGAGGCACAUCGAGCCGACGAUCGACAACCCGUCCAUCGAGGAACGCCUCCUCGUGAAGGCGGGGAAGGACGACGGGAGCUUCACGCUGACCACGGGCCACGGGGAGCCGCUGCUCUGCGCGCGCCCACGCGCUGGGGGCGCUGGCUUCGACAUCUCCCUUUGCUGUGACAGGGGCACAGAGGCGAUCGGCCCAAGCUUCCGCCUCGAGUGCAACCAGUCCAUGGACCGCUGGACCCUCGUGAGCCUCAGGUGCGACCAGUGCGAGUCCAG